GAUUUAUCGAUUUGUUUUGAUGCUCACUCGUUGGUGGUUUGUUGAUUGAUUCUUCAUUAUUUCACAAACACCAAACACCAAACAACAACUUACCGAUUACAAAAAUGGCCUUUUGUAUGCGGAAAAUUUUCAAUUUUUGUUUCAAAUAUUCAUUAGUUAUUGGUGUAAUUUGUAUUGCAAUAAUAUUUGCACCAUCAUCAAAUAAUUUUUUAUUGGAUAUUAAUCCAAAAAUAUUGCAAGUAUCAUUACCAGAAACAUUACGACAAUUUGAAACGAAAAAAGUUGAAUGGAAAUCAUUUGAAAAUGUUGCUCAAAUUGAUGGACCUGAUUCGAUUGCAUAUGAUUCGAAAACCGGUAGAUUAAUUACCGGUUCGAAUGAUGGUUAUCUUUAUCGUAUCGAUACGGAUGAUGAUCAAAAUCCUAGAAAAUUAUUUAAAUUAAUUGAUGACGAAUUAAUGGCAAAAUAUCAAUAUAAACGUCAAUCACGUCCAUCUGGUUUACGAUUUGAUUCCAAUGGAAUAUUAUUUGUUUGUGAACCAAUGUUUGGUAUAUUUAAAGUGGAAAAUAUUUUCACCGAACAACCAAAAAUUGAAUUAAUUUUUGAUAUUGAUAAAACAUCCGAAUUAGAUGGAUCAACUAGUGUAUUUUUUGAUGAUUUAGCUGUACAGGAAAAAUCAACCGGUGGCCAUAUAAUAUAUGUAUCGGAUGUUAGUAGAAAAUUUUCCUUUCAAUAUGUAAUGGCCAGUAUUUUAAGUUCAGAUUCAAAUGGUCGUAUUCUACGUUAUGAUACUGAUACCGGUAAGCUAGAUAUUCUAAUGUCAAAUUUAUUCUUUCCAAAUGGUUUGGAAAUGUUAUCGGAUAAUAGUGGAUUUUUAUUAACCGAAACUGGUAAUCGUACUGUUUGGAAAUAUACAUUUAAAAAUCAAAAUGCUCGUGUAUUAAUGACAUCAUUACCCGGUGAACCGGAUAAUAUUCGUAAAAGUUUAAAUGAUAAAACAUAUUGGAUAACAUUAUUACGGCCACGAACAGUAAAUAAUCCUUUGAUGAUUGAUUAUAUGAUGCAAUGGCCUUCAAUAAGAAAAUUAUUAGUACGUUUAUUGGAUUUAAUUGGAAUGAUAUUUGAUUGGUUUUAUCGUUUAACAUCCAUAUCCAAAUUAAAAUGUUUAUCCAAACAAUUUCGUACGCUAGAAAUACUAAACAAAAUUAAUGAUGAUUUUAUUUAUGGUGGAAUGUUAUUAGAAAUUGAUUCAAAUGGUCAUAUUAUUCAAUGUAUUUAUCAAACUAAUAAUCAAUUAGCAUGGGCAAGUGAAAUCAGUGAAAUUCCUUCGGAUAAAAAUUCAAAUCAACAACGAAAACUUUAUAUUGGAUCAUUUCGUCCUGGUUAUCCAAUUCGUAAAAUUAUUCUAUAAACAAAAGAGCAUAGAGAAAUUUUUUUUUUACAAACUUUUUAAUUAUUAUUAAAUUAUCAUGAUUAAUUUUGAUUACAUUUUUUUUAAAAAAAUAUUGAAAAACGGAUUCAUAA